CUGGCCAUGAUUGCGGAGAGCAUGGAGAAGCCUGAGGCUCCUGAAGCAGACAAACGCCUCCCCCAGCAGGCUGAGCAGGACCAGAAGCCUUUAACGGGAGAAGUGCAUCACGAAGUCCAGACUACGCUGGUGUGCACUACACUGACAGAAGCCCAGGAGCUGCAAGAGCUGGCUGAGAGCGUGGUCGAGGAAGUGCUGCAGAGGGUGAAAGAGCUGCAUCCGGCGGUCCACGUUUUAAGGAGGGCUCCCCUGGCCAUCAGCGGAAGGAUACUGGCUAGUGCGAGAAGGGCAGAGCCUUCAGAGACAUCGCCUGCAGAUCUCCAGCAGGAAAUCGGACAGGCGGCCAGAGAGAUUGCAGCAACCCUUUGGGAUUGCUUAGGGAAGCGUUUGCUAUGCAGCCCGUCAGACGCCUCUGAGCCCAGGCUGUUGGCCAGGCGGAGGCAGCAGCUUGUUGCCGGAGGAGCCACGCGAGCUGCCGAAGCGGGAGGAAGCGGAGCGAGGCAAGCUGAGGGAGCAGGCUAUGAUGGAGCAUCUCCUCUGCCUUCUCUUGACCAAAUCCCCACAGAUGCAGUUGUGAGUGUUGGAGUCACCUUGCAAUCAUUCGUGGCUUCUCAAUUUGAACGGCACUUCCAGUGUAAAUUUUCUGAAGUCCUGAAGCUGCCCCUUGAAACGAUUGCUGAGAGACAACCGCAGCCACCCCAGAUGCCUGUCUCCACCCAGGUCACAAAAGAAGGGGAAGGAUCAUCUCGUGAAUCUGAACAUUGGCUGUCAGAAGCCACAAGGUUGCCCCCGGUGCAGCCUUUGCAAAAUCUUGCGGCUGUAUCCCCAGAGAGUAGCACGCUUGCAAGGCGUAGCAUCCAAAACGCCAUUUGCAAAGUUCAGCAUCUCCACGCAGAAUUAAAAGCGUAUGCUGAAAGGAUUGUCCGUGAUGCUCUUGACACCCUGAAGAAGGAGGAGGAGGGGAAGUUAGAAAAAGAAAUGCAUGCAAAGGCAAGCUCCUUUGAGGACUCUUCAGAAGAAAGCACGGAGGAGAGUGGGCUAGUGGAGCAGCUAUUAGAGCGGUGUGGUCCCCCUCUGACUACAGUGGCUUCAGGAGUCCGUUGUGGAAGGCGGGUCGGAAGGCUCGACACUCUGUAG